AUGUCCUUCUUCAAACGAGCCGCCCCUCCGAUCCCUUUCAGAACAAAACCAAAAGUCGAUCGACCAUACAUAAACGCGAUCUACUACGCCAACUGGACAGUGUAUAAGGGCUGCACCCCAGCCUCACUUGAUCUGUCGAAGAUCACACAUGUGUUCUAUGCAUUUGUACGGAUUCGACCGGAGGAUGGUAGUGUAUAUCUGAGUGAUGAGGGGGCCGAUGUCCAGAUGAAUGUUGAUGGAGCGGAUGGGGGUUGUCUUGGCUCGUUUCAACGGCUGAAGCAGCAAUAUCCUCACUUGAAGGUGAUCCUCAGUCUGGGUGGAGGAGGUGAAGGCAGCAGCCCUUUCGCUGCAGUGUGCAGAAACACCAGCAUGGUGCAGAAUCUGGUACGGUCAGCGCGGGAGUUGGUGGAUCGAUGGUCACUGGACGGCAUAGACGUGGACUGGGAACACCCGUCCAACGCCGAGGAAGGCCGAGCCUACAUCAACCUCUUGAAAGCUCUGCGAGAGGUGUUACCAACGCCUGACUACCUGCUCACUACCGCUUUACCAAUCGGCCAGUGGGCACUACAACAUAUUCCUCUAGAUGAAGCCCGGGGUAUACUCGACUACAUUAACGUCAUGGCAUACGACAUGAGUGGUCCAUGGGCCCCACAAUCGGGACAUCACGCACAGUUACACAGUCAUUCGGAUAAAGAGGCGAGUGGAUCACAGGGCGUUGCUUAUAUGAAACGGAAGGGCGUUCCCGCACACAAGCUUGUGCUCGGUUUACCGCUUUACAGCCGUGCCUUCCUAGGUGUCACUGGUCCUGCACAGAAAUACAGUUCGUGCAGUGGCGAAGAGGGCACUUUUCCGUACAACAAACUCCCGUUGGAUGGUGCAUACGAGUGGCACGACGAACCGUGCUGCGCUGGAGGAAGUUAUGAUGGCGCAAAGGGCGAGUGGAUGAGCUAUGACAUUCCCGUCACAACUCAAAGGAAAUGCGACUGGAUCAGACAAGAAGGACUUGGCGGCGCUUUCUUCUGGGAAGCCAGUGGUGACAAACCAGCCGUUUCAGGCGCAAGUCUCAUCCAAACGUCAUAUCAUGCUUUGGGCGGCGAGGAGAACAUGAGGCGAUUCUGA